UAAGUUAUUUAUAUUAUUCUUAAUAAUGUAUACAAAAAGUACAUCUUGACAAGAUUUUUCAUCUUAUUUUAAUAGAAUUAUAUUAUUUUAAGAUCGAGAAAAAACUAAUUAACAAUGCCAGCAGUAAUCGUGGGUCCUCCUCAACGUAGUGAACAAAUGUGGCAGGCAUUAAAGGCUCAUAUUACAAGAGAAAGACAACGAAAAAAACAAGAACAAGAAGCAGAUGCAGAAGAGGAACGUCAAAGAAAAGAAAGAGAACGCCAGCAAAAACAAGAUGUAAUGACUUUAGGUGAAACUAGAGAACAAAUAUCAAAUUUAGAAAAUGAACUUUCACAAUUAAAAGAUGAGAAGCAUCAAUUGUUCUUACAAUUAAAAAAAGUUUUAAAUGAAGAUGAUAAUAGAAGACGACAAUUAAUUAAAGAAACAAGUGUAUGCACUGAAGUUUUAACAGCAGUAGGAUAUCCUGGAACAGGUCCUAGAGUAGUUCAUCCACAAUUGUUUCUUCCAUUACCAAGAAGCAGUAGUCCUCUUUACAAAGUAGCUGUUGGUGCACCAACACAUACUUUAUUACCAACUGUAAAUGGACCAUUAAAAAGAACACAUAGUCCUUCACCACCUCCAACUGCCUCCCCGUACCAUACUGGUUAUGGAUAUAAACCAACACCUUCAAUACCAAGUUAUAAUCCUCCACCUUCCAAUAUUUGUGCCUGUAUAGAAUCUGAGGAAGCAGCUAGGAGAUCUGGCGAUUCCCGAGCUGUUCUCUGGAACAAGAACAAUCAAUAUUCUGCUUCCAAUUUUUACUCAGCACCUACUGGUCAAAGUGUUUAUAGUUAUUCUGCACCAACUUCACAACCAUCUCGAGAACCUGAACCAACCAAAUCUGUAUAUCUUUCAAGUAAUAGAGCAACAUUAUCAACACAUCAAACUGCUUAUGUUACAAGUUUGCAUUCAUUGGAUCAUAAAGGUGCUUAUGCAGAAGAUAAAUAUUAUUUGAGGCCAAGUAGCCAUGUUACUGUUCAUGGUGGAGCUAUUCCAAUUCAACAACCUCCACAGGGUGCAAAAACUGGAGGAAUCACAUCAGGAUAUCCAGUAAGAGCACCACAACCUCCACCAGCUCCAUAUCCUCCACCACCACCAGGUACUUAUGUUAGUGCUUCUGGUGCUAAUGUUCCUGGACGAUUAUUAUAUACUCAGCCUGGUGCCCGAUAUCUCCAAAGAGAAGUUUAGAAUAUUAAUUCACAAGUGCUUGAAUUAAGGUACUUGUUCAUAUUGUGUAUAUGUUUUACAGUCACCAUACGAUAAUAUUGGAUAAUAUUUAAAGAUAUUUGUCAAUAUCAUAAAAAAAAUUGUAAAAAGAAUAUAUUUUAUAUGCCAUUAUUUAGACGCCAUAUUGCAUAUAAGAUAUAUAAAUACAAGAUCUGUAGAUAUGUUUUGAAUAAUAGAUAAAGCACUUUUAUUUGUAUAUAUUUUAUUUUAUAUUAAAGAUUUUUUUACAUAAUGCAAUG